GUGCACCUGUAUUGUACUACUCGCCAUCUAGUUUUAAGUACAAGAACUAAAGAGACUAUGUAGGACGCCAUCUGCGUCUCAUCUGAAACACCCCGGCCGACUUCCCGAGCUGUCAGUUAUUAUUCAGUUAUUAGAUUUACAGUGAUAUAAUCCAAUUCAACAAGUACACCAUCCACAGCAAUUCCUCUACAUAUUUCCAACUCCUUCGAUUUAUUAUAUUAUAAGUUGGUAUUUGUGACUGUCUAGAGUUAAGUGGGCUCAGCUUGGCGGCUAAAAAUGUUCAAGUUCUUCUGGGGGAAAGGUGCACAUCAGUCUGCUGAAAGAUUGAAAAUACAGAAAGAGCUUUUUCAGUUCCAAAAAACAGCACAACAUGGUUUUCCGAGUAAACCCACUUCAUUGGCAUGGGAUCCUGUGUUACGGCUUCUAUGUUUGGGGACGCGAACAGGUGCCUUAAAAAUUUUUGGAGCUCCUGGAGUGGAGUUUUAUGGACAGCUACCAAAAGAUAAAAUUAUCUGCAGCUUACAUUUUGUCCCUGGGCAUGGGCGUGUUAUUGUAGUGUGUGAAGACAAUUCCCUACAACUUUGGGAUAUAUCUACAGACGGUAGCCCUGCUUUAAAAUGUGUUCAUUCACAAUCUUUGGAGGGAAAGUUAAAAAAGAUAUCAGCGUGUUGUAUUGAAUCAAGUGGAGAACAUUUGUUAAUAGGUACAGAGAAUGGAAAUAUCUACAUCAUGGAUUUGCUGAAGCUUGAAAUGACUGAUUCUGUUAUUUAUCUUGACGUUGUAAUGCAGAAAUUUUUGGUUUCGUAUUUUAACAGUGUUACAGAAGAUUUCAAAGUGAACCCAGGAGCUGUUGAGUGUGUUAGUGAACAGCCAAACAGUGCAGAUCACAUUCUUAUUGGUUAUACACGUGGAUUGCUUGUGCUAUGGAAUUGUAAAACACUGUCUGCUGUUCAAACUUUUGUUGCUUCUCAACAAUUGGAAAGUGUGAGUUGGCACCCCAAUGGGAAGAAGUUUGUUUCUGCUCAUAAUGAUGGGUCUUACAUGGUAUGGACUCUUGGACAAGAAGAAACAGAUAUGUUUGUAAAGAAAGAGCCAAAUACUAUAUCACACUAUGGUCCUGAUCCAUGCAAAGCCAUCACAAAAAUUCUUUGGAGUAACACUGAUGUGGAGGAGUGCGGAAUCUUUGUGUUUGGUGGUGGAAUGCCGAGACUUGCCUAUGGCGACCGCUAUACUCUUUCUGUCGUAAAAGGGGAAAAUACUCACGCUACUUACGAUUUCACUUCGAAAGUGAUAGAUUUCUGUUUAAUCAGUGAUGUUACUACCGGCCAGGCAGAAGCUCUUGUAGUGCUAGCUGAAGAAGAGUUAAUUGUGAUCGAUUUGAUUAGCACGGGUUGGCCUACAUUUUCCCUGCCUUAUUUAGCUUCACUUCACUGCAGUGCUGUUACAGCUCAAACUGUAGUUACAGUAACAUCUGAAUUGUAUGAUAAAAUCAAAGCAAAUCCACAAGGAAUGACACCAUCAUCGAAAGUGAGUACCCGCCCAUGGCCUAUUAACGGAGGAAUAUCCUUCAGCGAACAAGUUGAUCAACCUUCUCAUCGUAUAUUACUUCUCACUGGGCACGAGGAUGGAUCUGUUCGGUUUUGGGAUGCAAGCACUGCCUCCCUGUUUCAAAUAUCGAAAUUUUCAACGUCUUCAUGUUUCUCGAGUGACGAUUUAGACUGCACAGCGGAAAGUGAUGAAAGAGAAAUUGAUGAGGAUGAAUGGCCGCCGUUUCGUAAGAUUGGAGUAUUCGAUCCUUACUCAGAUGACCCACGUUUGGCUGUUAAGAAAUUGUGCCUGUGCCCUGUCACUGGAUUGUUAACAGUUGCUGGGACGGCUGGUCAAGUUGUCGUUGCCGAAUUAUUCGAAAUGCAAUCGGAAAAAGAAGUCCCGAUUGUACUCGUUAACAUAGUUUCAGAUCGGGAUAAUUUUGUGUGGAAAGGCCACGAUAAGUUAGUAGUAAGGAAAGGUUUACUGUCCUUUAAACCAGGCUUCCAGCCAACUUCUGUCCUACAGCUUCAUCCUCCCGCUGCAGCCACGGCAUUAGCGUUAAAUGCAGAGUGGUCAGUAUUGGCUGUAGGAACAGCUCAUGGACUAACACUUUAUGAUAUAACCGUUAAAAAGGAGGUAGUUGCAAAAUGCACCCUUAAUCCGAAUGAUGUGUCAGGAACUGGAGAGCAGCCAAUGUCACGACGAAAAUCUUUUAAAAAAUCCCUCAGAGAAUCCUUCAGGCGGCUGCGUAAAGGGCGUAGCCAGCGUCCUUCCGCUGGCCCUAAAUGUGCACCAACUUCACCGAUAUCAAAGGUCGAAGAUAGUAACGCUAUAAACAAUGCUGGGCCAUCUAUAGCUGCUGAAGUGCGGCCUGUUGAGAGGCAGAUUGAAGCUAGAAAUGUUAUGUUAGAUGACGGUAUGGGCAGCAUGGUUCGUUGUUUACUGCUUGUCAAAACUUACGUAAUCAGUCAGUCUUCCAAUGCUACCGCAACUCUUUGGGCCGGAACAAAUAGCGGAGCUAUAUAUGUUUUUAGCCUUAACAUACAGACGGGAAAUAGACGACACGUGGAGCCCGUGAACGCACAACUUGCAAAAGAGAUUCAAUUGAAACAUCGAGCACCUGUUGUAUCGAUUAACAUAAUUGAUGCUUCUUAUGCAGCUAUUGGGGAAUCGUUUGAAAACUCUGGGAUUAAAUCGACUUCUGAAUCCUGUCCUCCGCAUCGCGUAGUGAUUUCGUCGGAAGAACAGUUCAAAGUUUUCACACUUCCAAACCUGCGCCCGUAUGGAAAGUACAAAUUAACUGCUUACACUGGUUGCAAAGUUAGGCGCGUUGCGGUUGUUCCCUUUACUGCUCGAUCGGAUCCGUCCUAUAAAGAGAACUGUUUGGUGUGUCUGUCCAAUCAAGGAGAUUUUCACAUUUUAAGUCUCCCGGAACUGCGGCGACAAAUGAAUGCACAGGCUAUACGAAAGGAAGAUAUACAUGCUACCAGUACUGUUGUCCUUACAAAUCAAGGAGAAGCAUUUUACAUGUUGUCUUCCAGUGAAUUACAACGUGUUGCGUUGAGUGCUCGUAAUUCCCUCCAGUUAAAAUGUAAAGUGAAUGGGAUGAAAAAUACCCAGGCUCCCGUGGAAUCCUCCUCUCAGGCGGUGAUCAAGAUUUGUACGUCAAAAGAAGAAAAGCCAGAAGUAGUAAUGGAAACUGAAUUCUCUGACGUUUCUGUCAUUUCAAACACGAGUAAUCCAAAUGAAGACCGAGAAAACGAUAAGAAUAUCUGCAAUAAUGAAAUUAACAAUUCAACAAUCGUAAGUGUUGAGCCGGAAACCAGCUUUGGAGAUAUGACGGUGGACUCUGUCAAAGAUCAUAUAGUCCUUAGUUUGGACGAAUGUAGAAUCACAGAAGUUGCAUCGGAAACUCGCAUUGAACAAGUAAAAACAGAAAUAUCCUCUGUUUUAAGUUUACACGAAACUUCAAAAAUCUCUAACGUAAUCUCAAUAGAUGAAUCAUAUUCCAUUACUCAUCACGAGACUAAGGUUAAUGUGCACUUAGAGUCUGAUAUGGAGAAGAAUCGUGUGGUUUCGCAAGAAUGUACUGUGAGUGAUUUGCAUGGAAAUUUGGAUGUGACUGUUACCAAGGACCCUACUGAAUUGUCGACUGAAGAAAAUGUGGAAACUUCAAAAUAACGAUGGUGAAUUAGCAGCUUAUAAAAUUUCAAAGAAAUCAUUUAAUUUGGUAGAAACACCAAAUUUUUAUGUUGGCUGAUAAUUGUUAAUCAAGCUAAUUUCGUAGCAAAAAGGCAGCUAAUUAUUGUCAAUAACUAAUGGUGUCGGUUUUUACUGCAUUCCAGUAUCACAAUUGUCUUAUUUUAGUAAUAUUAUGGUAGAGAAAAUAAUUUCCUCAAAGCAUUCCACAUACUGAAAUCAAUUCGAAUAUUCCUAAAUGAAGCAAAGAUUAAUGCUACAACUGAGCAUUGUAGUCGCGCUGGGCUAUUUCUUUAAAGGGUUUCUCCGUACUGUAAAGGAAUUUAUUUUCUUAUUAUUCUAUGUACUCAAAUUAAACGCUAAUAAGGAACUAAAAUCUUCUCCAAUUUACAAGUUGUGGAAUUGUUUGACUGGUGAGUCGACUGCCUUUAAUCAGUUUUGCCUUUUCAUGAAUUUUACGAGUUUUCUCUACCGCCAUUUUUGUAUAUGAGAAUUCGGUAUGGAAUCUGGUUUACUAAUACAAUCCUGCUAUGGGAAACCUUUUGA